AUGAAAGCACUGUCACUGAACUACUACUCACUACUACUGGCUCUCGAAGUCUCUGACGGCUACUCCACUCCACACAACACUUCAAAAACCGACAGUCCAGUAGUAGUGAAGGGCGUUGCGGGUCAGUCGGCAUCAUUGCCCUGUCAUAUAGACCAGAAAGCGUGUGGAGAGGUAUACUUCUUGACGUGGACUAAACAGGAGAGAGACGACCGGUGGUCAAGGAUUUACAUCUUUGCCGAUAAUGUGGAGAAGCCGUUGAGAGAUCUGUCCGGAAGGGCCAGGUUUUCGCUCCAUAAAAGCGAAGCUCAGCUAUCGAUCAAUCAGUUAAAGGCCGGCGACGAAGCUCUCUAUAAGUGUGAUGUAACAUAUGUCGGGGGAAAGUGUCCGUCGCUUACAUUUGUAAGACUCGAUAUAAUAGUGAGGCCAUCGAAGGCUUAUAUCGAGCACAAGAAUUCUCAGAUUGAAAAUGGCAGUGAAAUCGGGGGCUCAGAGGGAGACCUCUUGACACUGGCCUGUGUUGUGAUCGGCGGUAAACCGAUGCCAUCGGUCUUCUGGACGAUCAUUGCCAGCGACGGCUCCGCCAAAACAAUUGAAGCCAAGAAUGCGUCCUCAUAUGCAGACAAUAUGACACGACUUGUAUUAACUAAACAAUUAUCGAGAAGUGAUUUAAAAAGCAGAUACGAGUGUCACGUCCGACACGAGGCCAUCAAAAAUAACUCAAUGGAUUCGCACGUUAUGAUUGAUUUGAGCGUUGGCGCAAAGUCUAUAGAAAUCGUGGGUCCGAGCGAUCAUAUCAAAGAAGGAGAUGUGGCUCUUAUUCAAUGCAUAGCAUAUGGGAGUAAACCGGAGACACAAAUAGUGUGGAAAAAUGGAACUCAUAUUAUAGAUACAGAAGUGAAGAGUGAAGUCGAGCCCAAUAGCGACGGAUCGACACUUAAUACUCGAUCUUAUUUAGAGCUAAGAGUCACACGAUUUGAUCACUUGAAUGCAAUCCAAUGUCUGGCCAUAAAUACAGCGAUGAAAGAGGCGAUCAAACAAUCGAUUGAACUGAAAAUUCAAUAUCCUCCAAUUGUCGUAAUGGAGCCAAAGAACGGAUUGAUAGUGAAUGAGAGCGCAGAUAUGGUAAAUAUUUAUUGUACUUUUUCAUCAAAUCCGCCCGAAAUCAUCGAAAACGACACCAAAUGGUAUAAAGACAACCAAAUACUAGCGCUCGACGAUAGCCAGCAUUAUAUGACAUCUCUCUCCGGAUACCCAAUACUUACAAUUGUAAAUCCCAUGCGAAACGAUUCCGGAGAUUAUUUUUGCUCAGUUUCUAAUGAUAUUGGAAUUGGAAAACCAUUGGAAACCUUACCGCUGAACGUAUUAUUCCCUCCAACAGUCAAUCUUCAGAUAUACCCAAAUCCUGAACAGGGAUUUACUAUCAAAGAAGGAGAUGAUGUCCGUAUGAUUUGUGAUAUCAUUGACGGCAAUCCACUCAAUGCAUCAAAGGUUAAGUGGAUGAAGAAUGGCCACCAACUGGUCAGUGAACUCAGCACUGCUGAGCCCAGCACUCAUAAGGAGAUCACGUGGCUUAGUGUGACCCGAACUCUAUCGGGAAACUACACAUGUCUGGCCAUUUCAGAGGCCGGUGUCAGUGAAGUGAGUAAUUCUAUCCAAAUUGAUGUCAGUUAUCCUCCGAGCAAAGCCUUAAUCAGACAAUUCAAUGGAAUCCAUGCCGUGAAAGGACAUAAUCUAUCUCUUGAGUGCAUUGUCUCUGAUGUGGGAAAGCCGUCGACAACUACUGAGUAUCAAUGGGAAAGUGCAGACGGAGUGCCCUUUCAGACCAAACAAUCAAUUUUGUAUUUAACGGAUUUAAAGCUCACAAACAGCGGAAACAUCAGUUGUGCGGCCGUUAAUGAGGUCGGGAUCGGCCCUAAAGGCAUAUACAAAGUGACACCUUUAGCCCCGCCAAACAUUAUUGAUUUUCUUCCCACAACUUUCGGAAUCAAUGAAAACGUAUUCAAUAAGAGUUGGGCACAACUUGAAGCUGAGGAACCCAUCGGUAUCUCAUGUCGAGUGGAAUAUCGGAGUCGAGACAGUAAAGUGUUUUACUCGUGUGUUAGCAGUGAUAACAGUGUCGGGCCUUCAGUCAAGUCUCGAACACAAUUCAUCGUCGAGUACUCACCGGAGAAUAUGAGAGUUCGUCCAAAACGUGUGGAUGUGAUUGAAUACGACAUUCCGCCUGAGAUUUCAUGCGAAAGCGAUUCCCUGCCUCCGGCUUCUUAUCGGUGGCACUCGUCCUCUACUGUCGACAAAUUUAUUGGAGUUAUUGCCGACACACCUGUCCUUUCACUCAACACUUCCAUCCAUAGAGACAGAGCCGGCACUUACACCUGUAUUGCAUCCAAUCGUCACGGAGAGAACCAAAUCGAUCUUUUAAUUAACGUCCUCUACUCACCGGAGAAUAUGAGAGUUCGUCCAAAACGUGUGGAUGUGAUUGAAUACGACAUUCCGCCUGAGAUUUCAUGCGAAAGCGAUUCCCUGCCUCCGGCUUCUUAUCGGUGGCACUCGUCCUCUACUGUCGACAAAUUUAUUGGAGUUAUUGCCGACACACCUGUCCUUUCACUCAACACUUCCAUCCAUAGAGACAGAGCCGGCACUUACACCUGUAUUGCAUCCAAUCGUCACGGAGAGAACCAAAUCGAUCUUUUAAUUAACGUCCUCUACCCUCCGACAUGUACUCUAUACGAGAGCCGUACAGACGAUGACCAGGAGAUUGAAUUGAUAUGUGCGGUGACGGCCGCCAAUCCCAACAACGAGCUUACUUUCAACUGGUUUUUUAAUAACACAUCACUUAAUGAGACGUUAAUUGAAAGAAUAGUCAAAUAUGAAGGCAUGAAAUCCAAGAUUACAAUUCCCAUCAAUGAUGAGACCCUGUUUGGCAGCUGGACCUGUGCUGUGGCCAACUCUAUCGGACAAACCGACCCUAAUUGCACUCUCUAUGUCUCUCCACCCAUACUUGUAUCGGAUUGGGAGGCGUUGGGCGACGAGUCCGUAAUAUUGAUAUCGACAAUAAUAGCCGCAAUAAUAAUUACAUUUAUUGUCAUAUUAUUGGUGUUGAUAUGUCUGAUGAGAAGACGUCGUCAUAAACAAGAAUCGACUCGAGUUUCGCAAACACGAGAAAAUCCCGAUGGCAGUCGCUCUCCGACCCCCUCCUCAUUGAGCAGUCAUUUAUCAUCAAAUCAAGACGUGUCGUCAAAGAGCGAGUCAGUCGGCGGCCGUAAAUUACCCGGAAAUACAAACGACCCGAACCUGGAGGCCAGCAAUCGUGAAAUGUACGAGAAUAUGCCCUUUCAACGCAAGUGUAUGCAAUUGAACGGCCCUUUUAUCCCGCAAUACAACGAAAAUAUCGCUCAAAUAACCCGAGAGUUGCGCAGAACUCAAUCGGCCCGCUAUCACAACUGCCAGCCGUUUGGUGUGGAAAUGGAUGAUAUCCUUUACGCCGAUAUGUAUGACGAUGUGAAGAGCGGUAGAGUUAAAGACCCGCGAAUCAAACCACCGCUUCCGCCAAAGGGUGGACCCAUUGAUGCGAAGCCACCAAAAAGACCUCCAAAGAAAACUAAGAAAACAAUUUGAACAAAGUUUCUGUGAUAAUUAUUUUGUUGAUAUGAACGCCGGUAUUGUGUUUAUCGGUUGCGCUGUUUUGCUCUCAAGAAUAAAUUUUAUCAAAUGUUUUCAUAAUAAUUGAUAGACUG